UAAAGUAAUGCAGUAAUGUAGUAAUGUAGUACCUAUCGUAGUAGUACAGGUAGGUAGGUCAGUAAGGCAGACCAGCAAGGUACCUAGGUUAGUCGCAUACCCGCAAGCAACAGGGCGAACCCGUCGAACUUCUAACCUGGUUCUCUCCUACCUACCUACCUGUGACUAACUAAACAUCCUAUCCUCUCCUAUACCAACUCACCAGCGCGUCAUCAUCAACCAUCAUGAAAUCCGCACGCCAGGCCCUCCGCCGUCUCGGGGAGCCCCUCCCCCGUACCACCACCGCGCACCGCCACUCUCUCCGCCCCUUCACCUCCGCAUCGCCUCGCGGGUCCCCGCCCGCCGCCGCCCUCGAGAUCCAGCAGCAGCAGCCGUCGCCGCCCCCGCCUUACCCCGUCCCCGGCCGUCCGACCCCUGCUGUUCGCCCCGAAGCCCCGGCAGCACCUGCUACUCCUGAGGCGAAGGCUAGAGCCAAGGAGGUACUUCGCGAUGCGGUUGCUGCGACUGAGCCGAGGAAUGACUGGACGAGGGAGGAGAUAGCGGCGAUUUAUCACCAUCCGCUGAUGAAUCUGGUGCACGAAGCUGGCCUGAUCCACCGACGCUUCCACAACCCCUCCGAGGUCCAGCUGUGCACCCUCAUGAACAUAAAGACCGGCGGCUGCACCGAAGACUGCUCGUACUGCGCCCAAGCAACGCGCUACCAAAAGGGGACCGGCCUAACCGCCAAAAAAGUCGAGUCCGUCGAGUCCGUCCUGCUCGCCGCGCGCGCCGCCAAGGCGAACGGGAGCACGCGGUUCUGCAUGGGCGCCGCGUGGCGCGACAUGCGGGGGCGGAAGAACAGCCUGCGGAACAUCGCCGAGAUGAUCCGCGGCGUGCGCAGCUUGGGGAUGGAGGCGUGCGUGACGCUGGGCAUGAUCGACGGCGCGCAGGCGGCGGAGCUGAAGGAGGCCGGGCUCACGGCGUACAACCACAACGUCGACACGAGCCGCGAGUUCUACCCGUCGGUCAUCUCCACGCGCACGUAUGACGAGAGGCUGCAGACGCUGGCGCAUGUGCGGGAGGCGGGGAUUAAUGUCUGCUCGGGUGGUAUCCUGGGCCUGGGCGAGACGAACACGGAUCGUGUGGGCUUACUGCACACGGUUUCGACGCUACCUAAGCAUCCUGAGAGCUUCCCUGUCAAUGCACUGGUGCCGAUAAAGGGGACGCCGCUUGGUGACCGCCCGCCGUUGGACUUUACUAGUAUGCUCCGCACAGUCGCCACAGCGCGCAUCCUCAUGCCAGCGACCAUCAUCCGGAUCGCCGCGGGGCGGAAGACGAUGUCGGAGGAGAAGCAAGCGCUGUGUUUCCUGGCGGGCGCGAACGCCAUCUUCACGGGCGAGAAGAUGCUGACGACGGAGUGCAACGGGUGGGACGAGGACAAGGAGAUGUUCGAGCGCUGGGGGUUGGAGCCGAUGAGGAGUUUUGAUAAGUCCCCGCCACUGGCGGCGGUUGAAGAGGACGGGGGGUUGUAG